AUGAUUGCCAGCAUCACUGAGUUUUUGGAGGAAUUGAAGGACGCCAUGGUGCCAACUUUGGCCAGAGCUGAGGACGAAGAAGCAGAGGAAUCCCAAGAACAACCAGCGGAGCAAGAGGAAGAAUCCGGCGAUGCCGAGGAGGGUGAUGAGGACGAGGAAGAGGAAGAGGAAGACGAGGACGACGAGGACGACGAAGACGACGAGGAAGAAGGACAAGCCGAUCAAAUCGACGCCUUGAGAGAAGAAUGCAAGCAAAAAGAAGAUACUAAACCACUUUUGCAUCACUACACCGAGUGCGUGGAAAGAGUGCAGAAGGCCCAAGAGGACCCCAACUACGCGGACUCCGAACACAAGGAGGACUGUGUGGAAGAAUUUUUCCACUUGCAACAUCACAUCGACAGCUAUGUCGCACCAAGAUUGUUUGACAGAUUAAAGUAA